UGGCGUUCGGGCUCGAGUUUGACCGAAGACUACGUCAAGAAGGCGCUGAAGAUGGAGGGGCUUUCUGGGACCGCACUGACGUCCCACAAGAAUUACAAUCUGCUCGUGAAAUAUGUGGACACGGCGGAAAUGUAUCGGCUGAAUAAAUGGGCUCGAGGAGGCUUCCCUACGUACGAUAUCUGGGUAGAACUCGGCUUGGGUCGCGUCACAAGUCUGGCGCAGAUUGAGCAGGUCAAGAACACGAACGCGUACCGAAUCUACAAGCGUUAUGUGAACGCGUUCGACGACAGUGUUAUUUCAACGAUGGGCUCUGGGUAUCAUCUUCCCAAGCUCGUGAGUGACAAGGCUACUCCGGCUGAAAUGACGGCAAGAGCACAGAUUUGGGCUGAAGCAGGGAGAUCGGACGACUAUGUGAUGAUGAUGCUGGGACUGACAGGACUGAAGGGGGCCAAGCUCGCCAGAAACAGGAACUACCCGUAUUACACGGAAUUUCUGGCUAAACGCCAAGUCAACCCACGCUACUAG